CUCCAAAUUCACUCUCCCUCCACAACUCAACUCUCUCUCUCUCUCUCUCUCUCUUCAAAUUUGGCUCCAAUUGACACACUCUCCUCUCCUCCAAGUACCAACACAUCCCUAGUUCGUUCCAGUCCUCCAUUGUCAAUUUCAAGCCCUAGAAUUCGUUCUAGGGUUUUCACGCUACCAAUCUGCAGAACAUGUCUUGGGAAAACGAGAUCGUAUUGCGUGAUGUCACUAGUGCUGGUCUCGUUAUCAGCGACCGCAUCGGCCGAGAUGUCGCAGCUCACCUCGACCUCGAAGAAGCUCUGGAAGCUUCCAGAUACGCCAGCCAUCCCUACUCUACUCAUCCCAGAGAGUGGCCUCCUUUGGUUGAAGUGGAGGAUACCUGGGAGCUACCUUCUGUACUCAUUGAAAGAUAUAAUGCAGCUGGUGGGGAAGGAACUGCUUUAUGUGGAAUAUUUCCAGAGAUACGCAGAGCUUGGGCAACAGUAGAUAACUCUUUCUUUUUAUGGCGUUUUGAUAAGUGGGAUGGUCAAUGUCCUGAAUAUAGUGGGGAGGAGCAAGCUAUUUGUGCUGUUGGCCUGGCCAAAGCUAAACCUGGUAUUUUUGUUGAAGCUAUCCAGUAUCUUUUGGUCUUAGCAUCUCCUGUCGAGUUGAUUCUUGUAGGAGUAUGCUGCACUGGAAGGGGCGAUGGAAUGGACCCGUAUGCGGAGGUUUCGCUACAGCCUUUGCCAGAUUAUACAAUACCAUCUGAUGGUGUCACUAUGACAUGUAUCACUUGUACUGAUACAGGUCAUAUUUUCCUGGCUGGCCGUGAUGGCCACAUUUAUGAAUUGCAUUAUACAACCGGUUCAGGUUGGCACAAGCGUUGUCGCAAAGUUUGCCUGACUGCGGGUUUGGGAAGUGUCAUUUCAAGGUGGGUUGUACCAAAUGUAUUCAAGUUUGGAGCUGUUGACCCCAUUGUUGAAAUGGUUGUUGAUAGUGAGAGACAGAUUUUGUAUGCACGCACUGAAGAUAUGAAAAUUCAAGUUUUUCUUCUAGGGCCAUAUGGAGAUGGUCCCCUCAAGAAGGUUGCAGAAGAGAAAAAUUUGAUCAAUCAGAGGGAUGCCCAUUAUGGAGGUAGACAGUCAACUGGGUCAAGAGCCCUGCCUCGAUCAGCAAAAGCAUCUAUAGUUUGCAUUUCGCCCUUGUCAACACUGGAAUCCAAGUGGCUACAUCUUGUUGCUGUUUUAUCAGAUGGCAGAAGGUUGUACCUAUCUACUGCUGCAUCUAGUGGAAGCAAUGGUGCUGUUGGAGGUUUGGGUGGAUUCAAUACUAAUGGACAGAAGCCAAGCUGCCUAAAAGUGGUAACAACUAGGCCUUCUCCUCCUCUGGGAGUUGGUGGUGCUUUCGGUGCUAUGUCUCUUGCUAGUCGAUCUCAGAAUGAAGAUCUAUCACUAAAGAUAGAAUCAGCAUAUUAUUCUGUUGGAACUCUUGUUCUUUCUGAUUCAUCUCCAUCAACCACGUCUUCGCUUCUGAUCGUAAACAGAGAUUCAAGCACGCAAUCAUCUUCAUCUGGUAACAUAGGAACAGGUGCAAGGAGUUCUCGGGCACUACGAGAAUCUGUAUCUUCCCUACCUAUUGAAGGCCGAAUGCUGUUUGUGGCUGAUGUUUUACCCCUGCCAGAUACAGCAGCCACUGUACAGUCACUAUAUUCACAAUUGGAAUUCUGUGGAUUUGAUAACUCAGGGGAAUCUUGUGAAAAGGCAUGUGCAAAACUUUGGGCUAGAGGUGAUCUUUCAACACAACACAUAUUACCAAGGAGAAGAAUUGUCAUAUUCAGUACAAUGGGCAUGAUGGAAGUUGUUUUCAACAGGCCAGUUGAUAUCCUGAGGAGGUUAUUAGAGUCCAACUCACCAAGAUCAAUGUUAGAGGAUUUUUUCAAUCGCUUUGGAGCUGGAGAGGCAGUGGCAAUGUGUUUAAUGCUGGCUGCAAGAAUAGUCCAAACUGAAAAUCCCAUAAGCAAUGUUGUUGCCGAGAAGGCAGCUGAAGCUUUUGAGGACCCUAGACUUGUUGGAGUACCCCAACUUGAAGGUAGUGGUGCAUUGUCAAAUACCAGAACUGCAGCUGGGGGAUUUAGUAUGGGGCAAGUUGUCCAAGAGGCUGAGCCUGUUUUUUCAGGCGCACAUGAAGGGCUCUGCUUGUGCUCAUCAAGGUUGCUUUUGCCUUUGUGGGAGCUUCCUGUUAUGGUGACCAAGGGUGGCUUAGGUUCUUCUGAUGGAAACGGGAUAAUUGUAUGCAGACUCUCUGCUGGUGCAAUGCAAGUCCUUGAAGACAAAAUUCGUUCUUUGGAGAAGUUUCUAAGAUCUAGAAGGAAUCAGAGAAGGGGACUGUAUGGUUAUGUUGCUGGUCUUGGAGACUUGACUGGUUCGAUUCUGUAUGGAACUGGUUCAGAUCUGGGUGCUGGUGAUAGAAGUAUGGUGCGGAACUUAUUUGGUUCUUAUUCUCGGAAUGAGUCUGCUGAAGGUGGUGCAUCUAAUAAAAGGCAACGGCUUCCAUAUAGUCCUGCGGAACUAGCUGCCAUGGAGGUGAGGGCAAUGGAAUGUAUCAGGCAGUUGCUCCUUAGAUGUGCUGAAGCUCUGUUUUUGCUACAACUCCUUUCACAGCAUCAUGUAACGCGUUUGGUUCAGAAUCUUGAUGCUAAUCUACGACAGCAAUUGGUUCAGUUGACAUUCCAUCAGCUAGUCUGUUCUGAGGAAGGCGAUGGACUUGCAACAAGGCUUAUAUCUGCUUUGAUGGAGUACUACACAGGUCCUGAUGGCAGGGGAACUGUUGAUGAUAUUAGUGGUAGACUACGAGAUGGGUGUCCAAGCUUCUUCAAGGAAUCAGAUUACAAAUUUUACUUAGCUGUGGAAUGUCUCGAGAGAGCUGCUGUGACUUCUAAUACUGGGGAGAGAGAAAAUCUUGCUAGAGAAGCCUUCAACUACUUAAGUAAAGUUCCAGAGUCAGCAGAUCUGCGGACUGUUUGCAAACGUUUUGCGGAUCUGAGAUUUUAUGAAGCUGUGGUUCACUUACCUCUGCAAAAGGUCCAGGCCCUUGACCCUGCCGGUGAUGCUUUUAAUGAGCAGGUAGAUGCAGGAAUUCGAGAAUACACACUUGCCCAGCGUGAACAAUGUUACGAGAUUGUCACUAGUGCUUUGCGUGUUCUGAAAGGUGAAACUUCACAAAGGGAAUUUGGUUCUCCUAUCAGACCCAUUACACAAUCUGCACUUGAUCCAGCUUCUCGGAAAAAAUAUAUUUGUCAAAUUGUUCAACUUGGUGUCCAAUCAUCCGAUAGACUAUUUCACGAGUAUUUGUAUCGGGCAUUAAUUGAUUUGGGCCUCGAAAAUGAAUUGUUGGAGUAUGGAGGCUCUGAUCUGGUGCCUUUUCUGCAGAGUGCUGGGCGUGGACAUGUACAAGAGAUUCGGGCUGUUUCUGCAGUGACAUCAGCUUCUUCUCCGCCUGGUUAUUUAGGAGUACAUAUUCCAUCGAAUCAAGCAAAAUAUUUUGAGCUUUUGGCACAAUAUUAUGUCUUGAAGCGACAGCAUGCUCUUGCUGCUCAUGUACUAUUAAGACUGGCAGAAAGGCGGACUGCUGAUGGGGGGGAUGUCCCUACACUGGAACAGAGGCGUCAGUACCUAAGUAAUGCAGUUCUGCAGGCAAAGAAUGCAAGCAAUAGUGAUGGUCUAGUAGGUUCUACUCAUUGUGCUUUUGAUGAUGGCCUUCUGGAUUUGCUUGAAGGGAAGCUUGCUGUUCUUCGAUUUCAAAUAAAGAUCAAAGAGGAAUUGGAGACCAUAGCCUCUAAGUUUGAGGCACCCCCUAGAACAUCUGAAUCUGCUCCAAGUGACUCGUCUCCUGAUAGCAGCCGUGUUGAUGCCAAUUUUGUGAACUCUAUACGUGAAAAGCUCAAAGAGUUAUCAUUGGAUUUAAAGAGCAUCACUCAACUAUAUAAUGAAUAUGCAGUUCCGUUUGAGCUUUGGGAGAUAUGUCUCGAAAUGCUGUAUUUUGCAAACUAUUCUGGUGAUGCUGAUAGUAGUAUUGUGAGAGAGACAUGGGCAAGACUCAUUGAUCAAGCUCUUUCAAGGGGUGGCAUUGCUGAAGCUUGUGCAGUACUAAAGAGGGUUGGUUCCCAUGUUUAUCCCGGAGAUGGAGCUGUUUUACCUUUAGAUACAUUGUGCCUUCACCUUGAGAAGGCUGCACUGGAGCGAUUGGUUUCAGGGGUUGAAUCUGUUGGAGAUGACGAUGUCGCAAGGGCUCUUCUUGCUGCCUGCAAGGGUGCAAUAGAACCUGUCUUGAAUACUUACGACCAGCUGUUAUCAACUGGGGCAAUUUUGCCAUCACCAAAUUUGAGAUUGCGUCUCCUCCGUUCAGUGCUGGUAAUACUUCGUGAGUGGGCAAUGUCUGUAUUUGCGCAGAGAAUGAAUACAAGUACUACUGGAGCAUCUCUCAUUCUUGGUGGAACAUUCUCACUGGAGCAAACAACAAUAUUUAACGAAGGGGUUCGUGACAAGAUCACGAGUGCGGCGAACAGGUAUAUGACUGAAGUGCGGAGGUUAGCGCUUUCCCAGAACCAAACAGAGGCUGUCUACCGAGGUUUUCGAGAACUUGAAGAGUCGCUUUUAAGUCCUCUCUCUUUCGAGCGAUUUUGAUUGUUCUCAUUACAUGUCUGGUGUACGAUGAUUAAUGUUUUUUUCUGCAUAUUUAUUCGGCAAUAAAAGCAUUGUAUUUUAGUGUAUCAGAGCAUCAAACGACAUACAAGAUCUAAUUUUAGAUGUGUAACAGUGAUCUCAGGGAAGCAUACAACAAUGUUCAACCGACUUGGAUUCCUUUUGUAUCACAUCAAUGGCUGCCUGUUGGGGCUGGAACUCCGGCAAUAAGAGAGUAGAAUUACUGCUGGAAGGUAUGGUUCAUAUGUUAAAAUAGGCAAUUAUUGCUGGAGUUAUAGUGCAAAGGCCCAUUCUCAAAGUGAAAUGGAUUUGUUUCCAUUGUUCCAUUGUCCUGGAGUUAUACUUCAAGGUAAUAUUUCCAUCAUUUGUAGAAUUUUCUCUUCUUCUUAGGAUUGUCUAGUCUACUCCUAAAUGUGGGAUAGGGAGUUUCUAAGCAGUGGUUGUGGAUUGAACCUACAACGGAUGACAAAUUGUGCAGAUACAAGUUAAGGGCGCUAUCACCCAACUUCGCCUCUGGUGAGAUUUGAACUAUCACCGUUGGCUUAUAAUUCUUGAAGUAUGUUGAGACUUGGACUAGGUUUGAAUCAUGGAUUUGUGGACAAGAUAAGAAAGAACAAGUGAAAGAAGUUAAAUUUAUUUCUUUCAUUUGGUUGUCCUUGAUAAGAUUCAAUAUAGUGUAUUGUUCAAAUUCUUUGAAAGUGUGAACAAAAUUGAACUCAUUAUUUGCAAA